GGCAAAGCGUCAGAGAGAAGAGGAUUCAGCUGCACAGAACCAAAGCCAGCGCUGUCAUUACACACAGAAUAAGGAGCUACAGUAUGCCAUAAGUAGCAGUAUUAUUUACAAACAAUACUCUGCUACCUAAGGUUGGUGGACACACAUAGAUUAAAACAGUGUGUGUGAGAAAGGAAAGAGGUUGAGUAUGCAUGCAUGUGAAAGGAGAGAAAGUGCAGUGUGAAACAGCCCUGGAUCAGUGUGUGGUUAAUGAGAACUGUUGGGAAGAAUGAGUCUUGAUCCUGUGCUGGUCAUGAAAGGGCAGGACCCGAUGCUCAAUACAUGUCUGUCAGCUUCAAAUGGAGAUAGUGAAGCAUCCUGGGAGGACAGUAAGGAUAUCCAUGAGAAUGUGGGUUCUACAAAGAAGCCCAAAUCACCCAAACCAGAGAACGCGGUCACCAUAGCCGUGUCAUCGCGGGUGCUGUUCCGCACAGAGAAAGAGCAGAAGGUUUAUGAACAGAAAGGAAUCGAGGAGUACCUCAAGUAUCAAGUGGAACAUGAGAAUGAGCCUUUUGCUCCUGGUCCAGCAUUCCCAUUUGUUAAGGCACUGGAGACAGUGAAUACUCAGUUACGAGAACUAUACCCAGACAGUGAGGAGUUGUUUGACAUUGUGCUGGUAACUUACAACCAUGCCCACGUAGGGGUGAGACUCAUCAACACCAUCAACUACCACAACCUAUUCAUUGAGCGGUUCUGCAUGACAGGAGGUAGCAGUCCCAUUGGGUACCUGAAAGCGUGGCAUACAAACCUGUAUCUGUCUGCUGAUGCUGAAAAGGUUCAGGAAGCUCUCGCUGAAGGGAUUGCAGCAGCCACCAUGUUUAUGCCAGAAAAGCAAAUAGAAGUGUCAGAGUCCCAGCUGAGAGUGGCAUUCGAUGGAGAUGCUGUUCUCUUCUCUGAUGAGUCUGAGCGUAUUUUUAAAGCCCAUGGUCUGGACAAGUUCUUCGAGCAUGAGAGGGAAAAUGAAAACACACUGUUAGAUCAUGGCCCACUGAAGGGUUUUCUGGAAGUGCUUGGAAAGCUUCAGAAGAAAUUCUACACUAAAGGCCAUCGCAUGGACUGUCCCAUCCGCACCUACCUCGUGACUGCCCGCAGUGCAGCCAGCUCAGGCAUCCGUGCCUUAAAGACUCUCCGUGCCUGGGGACUAGAGAUCGAUGAGGCUCUUUUCCUGGCUGGGGCACCUAAAGGCCCCAUGCUAGAGAAAAUACGACCCCACAUCUACUUUGAUGACCAAAUGUUCCACGUGGAGGGGGCCGCAGAGAUGGGUGCCAUUGCCGCCCACGUGCCCUAUGGGAUCGCACAGAAAUACCCUCAUAAGAAUAGCACCAAUACUUCAAAAUAACAAACUGGAAGAAUUUAGGAGAUGCCAUAAGCAACAUAUGGCAAAUGUCCUUCUUAUUUUGGUAGAGACUCUCAAGUUGCAGAUCUUGUAAAUUUAGUUAUGCACACGUUGGAUCGGGACAGAUCUCUUUCUUUACCUUAUUUCGAUGUGACCUAUACAAGGCCACACAACUACUCAUUGGCAUACAGUAUACUCAACUGAAGAUUCAACACUGUGCUGUUCAUUUUAAAGCUUACAGCUCUUUUACAGCAGCCCCACGAUCAAUUAUUCUGUAUAUAUUACAACUCUCAAAAAUCAUGCAAUGUCCAAGCACUACAAUGAAAAGUCAUUGUGGCAGACAUGCCACUUGAUCCUCUGUGAUGCCGGGCGAUGCCACUGGACUUCACCUCCUGGCUGACAGAAGCAGGCUCCUCCACCUCCUGGCUGAUGGCAGCGGGCUCCUCCGCUUCCACCUGGCGGACAGCAGCGGUUCCUCCGCCUCCUGGUGGACGGCAACGGGCUCCUCCGCUUCCUGGCUUAUGGCAGCGGGCUCCUCCUCCUCCUGGCGAACCGCUCCAGUACCACCGGAUCGUGUAUCCUCGCCAUCGCGAUCCUCCGUCAGUGGCGAGGGCUCUCUGACAGCGCGUCUUCCUUCAGUCCUGGGUUUCGGCACCAGUGUGGCAGACAAGCCUCUUGUUCAUCAGAAAGGAGGAAGUGGGAACCGAGUUAUCAACCAAAAAGUCUUUAAUAACACAAACAUAAAACUGCUUUUCAGCAUUAAAAAAAACAUGUGCGUACACACAAACACAGCUCCGUGUAUCUCUCUCGCUCUCUUUAGCUGGUGUCUCCGGCUCCUCCUUAUCUCUCUCUUCCGCUGAUUGUGGCAACUCUUCGACAGGCAUGCAUCCUCACGGCCCGGCCAUGCCUUCCUCCUCUAAGCAUUGUCUGGGUGCAGCUUCUCUUCAAUAACUAGUGCACAGUUCACAUGAUUUGAGCUGACUUUUAAAACUGAAUGUGUGCAGCUAUUCUUGUAAGCCAUCAUUAGUUUUCCUACAGUGAAUUGAAAAUGGAAAAAGACUGAUAUUCUGAAAUGGUGUAUUAUCAGUUUACAAUGUGUGGGCUUUAACCACAUUUAACCAUGUCUAAUCCAGCAAGAGAAUGUGAUUGUGCUCUUGUUUAUUGCUGUAUGUGUUGUGUGAGCAAAGCAACAGUAUUCUUUCAUGUGAUCUAAUGUAUGUUGCCAUAUAUGAUGAAUGGAAUGCUAGUCCUUAAAUGCAACAAUUAACAUAGAUUUAAAACUAUUAAUAUUAGAGAAUGACAUAUUUUCAUGUUUACCUAAUAUGCAUAUAAGAUAUUUUUUGACAGAAAAAAAUUGUAAGGCAGUUAUUGCUUUUGUGUUCUGUAUAAAGUAUUAGAUUUGCCACAUGCAGCACUUAAAUAAUUCCCUGUGGGUUGAUCCAGCUGUGCUCAUGGGCCUUAUGUAAUAAAUUAAUGUACUGUAAAUAAUAAAUACUUACUGUAUUUAUUCACAGCCCAGAAAAUUUGAAAUAGUUGGGCCUAUUUUUCAAUUUAUGACAGAAUUUAUAAUGGGAAUACAGUGGGAGGAUGUUUACAAAUGUCAAACCAAAGAAAUCAGAAGUCACGUUCUAGCUAAACAUCUAAACUGCAUAAUAUUUCUCCAAAACGAUUAAUUAAUUGUGGAGUUAAUAAUUCUUGUUCUCAAAUAAAAGUGAAUAAAUAAAUACAUUUUUCAUUCUGAAUUGGCAGCUAAUUACUUUUACUUUAGUGUUCUGAUGACAAUUUCCUGUUCAUGAUGGGAUUGUUUAUUCACAUGUUUCUGGUGCCUUGGUUUAGUCUUUCACUGUGCUAUUUAGUAAUGUUGAGCAGCAUUCAUCCUGUAAACAUUAUUGGAACAAAUUGUUUUGACAUCACUGUUUAGCCUGUCUCCUUAAAUGAAUUAAUCUCCCAUUGUUAAAUCUACCUUAAAUGAUGUCUGUGACAGUGUAAUGGGUAAAGUACUGGCACCUCCGGCUCUUUUUUAUCCCUCUCCUGCUGGUUGGGCUGAUUCCGACCCCUGGCGGACGGAGCAGCUCCUCCCCUUCCUGGCGGAUGGCAGCGGUUCCAUCUACUCCUGGCAGCUGGCAGCAACUCCUCCUUCCCCUGGCGGAUGGCCGCGGUGAGGUCUCCACGACAGCGCAUCCCUACUCCUUCCCGGGUUUCGCACCAAUGUAACGUGUAAAGGAUGGGCAACGGAACUGGCUGAGCAGUCAACUUAACUUAAAUACGAACAAACGAACUUAAACGUAACAUAAAACACACAGACAGCACGGCCGCGUGCAUCUCUCUUUCGAUUUGAUGUCCCCGGCUCCUCUUUAUCCCUCUCCCGGUGAGUGGGCUGAUUCAGCGCUGGGCGUCCAUCGAUACGGCCCGGCCACGCCCUCCUCCUCAUCACAGACAGUUUACUUGACGCAUUUAUUACUAAAACUGGAGGAAG